GGUUCAGCACUGUUCCCCCGCUGUUCCAGCAACCUGGCUGCUGAACUCUGAAGCAUUGCAGUGGGUACGCAGUGUUUAAGAUGAAGCGCAAAAGAUCCAAGGCUACUCCAGUCAGGCCGAGCUGUAUCUUCAGCUUGUGUAAUCGGCUGCCGUUGUGCCGGAUGCGAAUGCUGCUGCUGUGCCUGUGCCUGCUGCUGGCUCUGACUCUCAGUGUGGGAUUAAUGCUGUCUGACAACGAUGCAGAAGGACCUGAAGAUUUAUCAGCCCCACUACCAGAUCUUAACCAUGACAAAUUGACUCACAGGCCAAGUAAACCCACAGCAGCUCAGGUGAGGCGGCUGCUCUCUCAGGUGAACUGGGCUCGACUGUGGUACGCCCAUCUACAGCCCAUCCUGAUAGAGCGACACCCAGGUUCCCGAGGAAGCCGUAACGCUCAGAGGCACAUUCAGUCGGCGUUGGACUCCCUCACUGCUGGGUGGUCAGUGGAAAUAGAUUCUUUUAACUCUGAAACCCCUCGUGGUCCAAUCAACUUCUCCAACAUCCUGGCAGUGCUGGACCCCACGGCUCCACGCCGCCUGCUUUUGGCUUGUCACUAUGAUACGAAGAUCAUACCAGUAGAACAGGGUGCGCGGGCAUUUGUGGGAGCCAGUGAUUCAGCUGUGUCCUGUGCUAUGUUACUGGAACUGGUCACUGCACUGGACAUACAUUUAAAAAUGAUCAAACAGCUGAUGGCCCCGGUGACCCUGCAGUUAGUUUUCUUCGAUGGGAAGGAGGCUUUUGCGGAGUGGACGUCCUCAGAUUCUUUGUAUGGCUCCCGACAUCUCGCUGAGCACAUGUCCCUGAUUGCACAUCCUCCCGGCUCCGAGGAUACGACCCUGCUGGACGCCGUGGAUCUUUUUGUUCUUUUGGAUCUGAUUGGUUCCCCAAAUCCCAAGUUUGUGAAUUAUUUCGACAACACAGCUCGCUGGUUCAGUCACCUCGUGGCAGCAGAGAAGAGACUCCAUAACCUGGGCCUGCUGUCCUCCCACCCUGAUGAGCAGAUCUACUUCAGAGAGGAUUUAAUCAUGGGACCGGUGGAAAACGAUCACAUUCCGUUCCUGCAGCGAGGAGUUCCGGUGCUACACGUCAUUGCCACACCCUUCCCCUCGUAUCGGCACACAGUGGAGGACACCGCAGAUAAAGUUCACAGUGAUACCGUGGAGAAUCUCACCAAAGUCCUGGUGGUCUUUCUAGCAGAAUAUUUAAAAUUGUAG